GCCGAGCCCGACUCGCCGACUCUAAUGGAAGCUAACACCAGCGGAAAUGAGAAUGCUUGAGAAAGCGCAGUUCAUCUUGUAGGAAGACACGAAAGAGGGCCGGCAGCGGCCGAGACGGUGGAAUGCCUGGUCGGCGGCGGCCGAGGCGGGGGCGGGUUACCCAACCUGGUAAUCCGUCGACGGCAGAUGGGGGCAGAGGGUGUGGCGAGGGAGGAAGCUCGGGUCAGUCUGUCGGGGCGGAUGACUAUGUGCCUGAUGUGAAACAUCGCGCUGGAGCAGAUGAUGGACAGGCAAGAACAGUGGUGAUGGCGGAGAAGGAAGAUCAGGUUCCUGCUGACAGUAAUGGACGGGAUGGUGCUGCUGAAAGUAACAACGACCAAGCUCUGGUUGCUCCAAAAGGAAGAUGCUUUGGAGAUGAAGAUGCUCCUAGCAAAUUUUCACUUUUGCAACAUGAUGUGAAUGACCGCCCAUGUGUAUGUGAUUCUGGAGCAAUUGAUGGACUGACAUUUGCGGAGGAGAAGGAAAGUCAGGUGGCUGCUGAUGGAGGAAGAGGUAGUGCCGGAGGAAACACUGGUGAAGUUGUGAUGAGGAAAGAUGAAUGCUUUCUAGUGGAUGCUAUCAUGAAUUGGAGAAUGGAGGAUGUUGUGAAUUCUGAUCUAUUCAAGGAUAAUGUUCAUCAAAUACCUCUUACCUUUACGUCAGUUCAACAAUACCUAGAAAUUCACAAUAGUCUAUUGCUUGAAGAGACCCGGGCAAACAUACAGCUUGGAUUAUUUGAUCUUGCAAAAGGACCAACUUAUCAUGCUCUUUCGGUAUCACCAACUUCUGAUCCAUGUGUGUUCUUCAUUGACAUUGAUCUCAACAUACCUACUGAUUGCUUCCAUAUAGCAGAAGAUGGGGAUUUAUUCCUUCUGACAACUCAGCCCCACGGGGAAUUCGAUCACACAUCAGUUUGUUUUGCGGUUGCCAUUGAAGUUGGCCGCUAUUCUUGUUUCCAAAGAGGUUUUCGAGUUUUAGUCUCCAAAUAUCACAAAGAUUUUAAUCUCCGAGCAACAAAGUAUGUUAGUUUCUUAACUAACAUAAUGGGUGGCAUUACUCUCUCGAAAGCGAUGACAUCUGUUGAGCGUCGAGGUUCUUCUGCCGUCGAGUCAAUCCUUUGGAUCGAUGAAAAGGCCAAAACGAAAAUCUGCAGUUGUGGUGAAUUGCCAAUUGCUGAAUUUUCUCCUCCAAAUAAAUUCAGUGAUGAGCAAAUAAAUGCUCUGAAGUGCAUUCUUUCAAAACUCAGGUGUCCGCACAUCAAUGCCCCUGAAGUUUUAUGGGGCCCUCCUGGUUCUGGCAAGACAGAGAUAGCUGCUACGAUGCUCCAUUCUUUGGUUGAAUGGAAAUUUAGAGUUCUUGUCUGUGUUCCAAGUGAGAAGCAUAUUAUUAGGUUUCUUCAUAAGUUCGAAACUCUUUUCCCUUCAUUCAACCUCAGCGAUAUGCUUGUGCUCAAUGAUAUGAAUGGCGUGGAAAAAAGCAACAGUUUUGCUAAUUUGAGCUUAGAAACCCGAGUUCAGGAGCUCUAUUGCUGCACAUAUACGUGGAGGAGCUGGAUUAAGGAGUUAUCUUUUGUGCUAGAAAUGAAACCCUACUGCCAGGAUAGCUGUUAUCAUGAGGGACGCAUAUGUAAGGCAAAAAACCUAAUGGUCUUCUGCUUGGAAUCUUUUAGGCAAAAGAUUUCUGCGCUCAUAUUAGAUGUCAGAAAAUGUUCAAAAGAUUUGAUUAGGAGUCUUUCAGGGAAGUGCCUAUUGGACAAUGAUGUUGCAAACAUAAAAAAUUUGAUGACUGAGCUAUCACAGCUCAAGAAUCUUAUAUUGAAUGACAGUCUAACCAGCUCUGAUGUGCACUGGGCGUUUGAGUUUUCUUCCUCUUUACAUUUGGCAGAGGUUGCAAAUAGGGACAUUGCAGAAUUAAUGAAUGCAAAACGAAUGAGUUGUCUUAAAUUAAUGGACAUACUCAUCAACUCAUUUGAGUUUCCUAUGUUAGAAGACAGAAACAAACUGGAAGAUUUCUAUCUUGGACACUCCCGUAUCAUCAUCUGCACUCCUUCCUGUUCCAGUCGCCUCAUACACCUGAAGUUAACUCUAUUUGAUACUUUGUUAGUUGAUGAUGCCUCACAGAUAAAGGAAGCUGACCUACUUAUUCCACUAUCUAUGACAACCAAGCAUGUCUUUUUGUUGGGGGAUCAUUUAGAUUUACAGGCUACGGUGAAAAGUGAGGUUUGUAAAAAAGCGGGCUAUGAUUCCAGCCUUUUUAAACGCCUGCUAAAUUUAUCUUGUGACAAGAUGAUGCUUACCGAGCAAUAUGUGAUGCACCCUUCUAUUAGCCUAUUCGUGCGUAGCCAUUUCUAUGAGGGUAAAGUGGAGGAUGCCGGUAAUGUUCAUUCUCAUGACUAUAAUAAGCAGUUGGUGGAUGAAAAGCUCCCUCCUUAUUGUUUCUUUGACAUCAUGGAUGUGGAUGAGCUGAAAGUGAAGGGAAAAAGUUUUGUCGAGUCUUCUGUUAUAAUCUCCUUGCUCCAGAGCCUCUGCAAAGGUCUGAAAAGUGAAAUUGGGAAGCUCAGUGUUGCUGUACUAUGUCUAUGUAGCAGCCGAAUUGAUACAAUUAAGAACCGAUUGGGCACUACAUAUGCAAGUCAUGAUAGAAUUGAUCUAGAAGUUAAUACACUAGAUAAUGCAAAUGAAAGUUGGUAUGACAUAGUAAUCUUGUCAUCAGUUUUCGAUACUAAAUCAGAGCUUCCUGAGGGCAACAGAAUAAACACAGCCCUUACAAAAUCAAGGCACUGCCUUUGGAUUAUUUGUGAAGGUGCUAAUCUGCUUGAUAGUGGAGGCACAUGGGAAAUUAUUUAUAAAAAUGCAAAUGAACGGGGUACUUGUGCAAAAUUGACCAGCAACAGGAUUUCUAGAGCCAUGAAGAUGUUAGAACUGAAUGAUCAGAAAAGAGCCACUACUACUAAUUCUUCAUUUACAGGAAACAUUAUGCAGAAGCCAGGGAAAGAAUGGACAUGGAACGGAAGACCCAACAAUGGCAAAGACAUUUUGGGUUCCCUUCGAGAUCAAAAGAACGCUCGUGAUACAUGUACGCUGCAGACUACCUUAACAACAACCGAAUCGUUACACAAAUUUCAGUGUUCGUGCUUGGAUCCGCCACAGGAUUUCCCAUGGGAGCUGUGUUUUAACGACCUGAAUAGUAAAUAUGAGAAGGCUGCAGCCAAAAAAUUGCAUCUGAAGAGAUAGGCAAGAAAAGAGGCAAAUACCGACAAGAGACUGCAUUUGAAAUUGCAAAAACCAAGGGCAUCAUUGGCAGAGUCAAAUCCGAGACAGAGGAGCAGGAGCGGGAGUGCCUGUUCAAGCUGGAGUCGUACGAGCGGGUGGACGAAACUCUGACAGCAGAGGAGGCAGAGGAGCUGGUGGAGGCGGGGAGCAUCAUGGCCUGCAACUUCCGGCUAACCCGCAACUACUUCCGGCUGAGGCCUGGCGACGUGUACGUGUACGACAGUCGCUUCCCGUACAUCCACCCCAUCUCCGGCCUGCCGGUCUCGCACGCCGCCAUGGUGAUCGGGCACGGUGGGCAGCAGCAGCCGCCGCCGGCGAAGGGCCCGGUCCGCCACGUCCACAUCCAGAACAGCGAAGGUAUUGUUCUUGGCAUGACCUGGCCGCGGCAAGAGUUCAGUACAUUGAAGGGCAGAUAAUUCAAUCCCCCCCCCCCCCCCCCGUCCAAUAUAUAUUACAGAACGCAGAAAUUUUUUUGGCAGCUAAUGGGUACGUGAUUUGUGAUGAACAGGCACAGGUGGAAGACAGCAGAGAGCACAGAAAAAACUAGACAAAAGCCGGCGCACGUUGGUCGCUGUGUGGAGAAAGAUAUCGGUAGUAUUUGUCACGAGGAGUGGAGUGUGAUGAAGGUUUCCUCAAGACUCUUAUUGUGAUACAGAAAACCAUCGGUCAAUGCGUUCUUCCGUAGCAAUACACCAUCUCACUACUAGUCUUGGUGUAAGUUGCUCUAGUAUUCCAUCUGCCACCAUCACAAUGUUUGAUGCAGCAGCCAGAGGGAGGAAUGCACGCAUGUAUUACUACCCCAGUUUUCUCAAAAAUAAUCUUAAGUUGGUUGGUUACUGUA